AGAUGGUUUUGAUGGCGGAGGGGAGGCUUCGCUGAGCGGCAGCCCUCGCUCGACAUGGGCAACGAGAACAGCUUGGAGACCGGCGAGCUGGAGCCCCCCAUCUCGGCGCCGGCUGCAGCGCCACUGAAAACACCCGCGGCCCCGAACGGAGCGCCCGGGGGACGGGCAGCGGCGGCCGGCAGUGCAAGACCAUACCAGAGGGAGCACCUUGGACAGCCUGAUGCAAAGAUUGAUACCCUCCAGCAGACUAUUCCAAGCAAUGAAAGUGCAAGAAGAAUGCAGAAUCAAGGUUGUUCUACACAGCAAAACCUGCAACAAGAACAAAGAAGGAGUCUCCAAGUUGACACAAGUACGAAAAGGGGAGAAAGGUCCCAUUCUGCAUCCCCAGAUAAGGGCAGUGCUCCAACCUCUCCAUAUUCUGUACCACAGAUAGCUCCGCUGCCCAGCAGCACUCUAUGUCCAAUUUGUGCAACUACCGAGCUAAACUCUUAUCCAAAACAGCCAAACUUCAACACUUGUACGCAAUGUCGAUCAGUAGUGUGCAAGCAGUGUGGAUUUAAUCCCAAUCCUCACAUUACAGAGGUGGAAGAAUGGUUGUGCUUAAACUGUCAGAUGCAGAGAGCUCUGGGAAUGGAUAUGACCACUGCACCACGCUCCAAAAGUCAACAGCAACUACACUCCCCAUCACACCAGGCCCAAACAGAACCGCAAACAAAAGCGCAGCGACAGCCUCAAACUGAUCCUGUCCCCCAACAAGGAAGGACUACACCAAUAAAAAGAGAGCUCCCUAAAGUGCCAUCUGCUGCAGAAAAUAAGCCUGAGACUAAGGUGCAACCAAGUGAACGUGAGAAACACAGACCGAUAGCGAAUAAGUCCGAAUUGCAGCCUGUUGUCCAACCACAACUGGUUCCCCAGUCUGAGGCAACCAGGCCAGUUGGUAAGAGCCAACAAACUGUCCCUGCAGAACAAAGACGAACAACAGAUGGUUCACCAGCAAGAACACAAGCAGGGCCCUCCAGUUUAUCCCAAGAUCAGGAGGGCAUUACUGGUAAACUCUUUGGGUUUGGAACUUCUCUUUUAAGCCAGGCCACCAGCCUUAUAUCCACACAGCCAGAACAGACGUCACAAAGUCAGCAAUCACCUGCUAAAGGCUCUGCAGCUAAACAGGCUCCAAAAAUAAUUUUCAGUGAUCAAAGCACAGAAUUGAGCUCAAAGUUGCAGAGUUCAACGCCGGGAUUGCAAGUUAAAACUGAGGUUGUCUCUGCAGCUAAACAGGAAAAACCGGAGCCAGUCAUUAAACAAAAAGAAGUCAACAAGCCCAAAGUAUUGUGCCCUCUCUGUAAAACAGAACUGAAUGUGGGAUCAAGUCAGCCGCCCAACUUCAAUAAUUGCACAGAAUGCAAAGUUCAAGUGUGCAACAUGUGUGGUUUCAAUCCAACGCCACACUUGGUAGAGAAAAAUGAAUGGCUUUGUUUGAACUGUCAGACCAAACGACUGAUGUCUGGAAAUUUGGGAGAUGCACCACUUCCUGUCCCAUCAAUAGCAUCAAAGCAACAACCAUCGAUGUCACCACAGCAUCAAACAGGGCCAACGGGCGUCAGUGUGCAACAAAGAAAAGGGAUUAGCCAACAGCAAGCUGGCCCUGCCCAGCAACAGAAGGUCCCUGUAGCAUCAAGUCAACAAUUAUCUCAGCAUAAGGAAUCACCAACUGCUAAACCAGGACAACCCAUGCAAACGAAGCAACAGGCUCCAUUGAUUGUGGAUAAGCAACAUCCUCAGCAAAUACAUCCUGGGCAAAGCGAGGCCCAGGCUGCAAUCCCAAACAAAUCACAGUCACCAAGGGAGAAGCCAAAACCUGCAGUACAGAGCACUGCAGUACCUGCAACAGCAAAAGUGAUCAGUGCAGACAAAAAAGUUGACCCUUCUUCUAAGGAGACCUCCCAAGCUGCUGAACUACAGAAAGCAAAAAUUCAAGAGGAAUUGAAUAAAGGCUAUCCUCAAGAACUUUCACGUAGCCCACAGAGUUUAAGUGAUACAGGCUACUCGUCUGAUGGUAUCUCAAGCUCUCAGAGUGAGGUUACAACAUCAGUGCACCACGAGGCACAAAAGCUAAACGAGUCUGGUCAAGUGCAGCAGAGUCCAAAGAGCCCUUCAGAAUUUAACAAGUUGGAGAGCAGUGUACGGCCAUUGCUGGAAUCCCAAAGUGUUCAAGAUAAGGCUAAAAGAGGAAGGACUGCUCAAAGUUCAAGUGAAGAACAAAGAGAGGGGCAUAGACCCCGAUCACUUUCAAUUACGCCAGAGUCUUAUAGUUCAGAUGAAGAGCUUGAAGAUAUACAAGAAGAGGAUGAAGACACUUUUGAAUUGGACAACCAAAGUGAGCGAAGAGAAAGCCUGGAAUCCUUGGAUGAAUUUGGCAGGAAAUUGCAACAUGGCUAUGUUGAAGACCGUAGUGGAAGUGCAAUAUCAACUCCCCAUGAUAAGACCAUACAACCUGGAGCAGAAUUAACAGAUGAAGAAUUUAUGCGAAGGCAGUUGUUGGAAAUGAGUGCAGAAGAGGAUAAUGUCUCUGUGGAAAAUGAGGAGUUGGAUAGCUAUGCUAAACGUGUUAGUAUGAAGAAGAGUCAGAAACAUAAUUUAGAGUCCAGUAAACAAAGCCCUUCAAAGCAACAUCUGGAUCCCAGUACAGUUAGCAACUACGAAGAUACAACACUGGAAGGUUAUGGUGGGGAAGACAGCCAGUCAUGGCAAGAACAGAAAGAACAUGAAGAUACAUACAGGGAAUCCCUAAAUCAUGCAGAAGAGGAUGCAGUGGGAGAACCAUCUGGGCUACGACGCUUCAAGACUAUUGAUUUGAACACUACAAACACUUAUAUUAGCAGAGAUGUUGAAGGUUGUAAUGAAACAGAACUCAGCAUUGAUAGAGAACCUGAACUUGAAAUGGAAAGUUUGACUGGGUCACCAGAUGAAAAAUCAAAGGGUGAAUACUCAUCCACAUUGCCACCCUCAACACCUACUUUUUCAUCAGGCACUUCACCAACAUCUGUCUCCUCAUUGGAAGAGGACAGUGACAGUAGUCCAAGUCGGCGACACAGACUUGAAGAGGUGAAACAGCAGAGAAAGGCAAGACAUCGAUCACAUGGCCCUCUGUUGCCAACUAUUGAGGACUCUUCUGAGGAAGAGGAGCUACGAGAGGAAGAAGAACUGCUUCGAGAGCAGGAGAAGAUGCGUGAGGUGGAACAACAUCGCAUUCGAAGCACAGCACGUAAAGCAAAAAGAGACAAAGAAGAAUUAAGGGCACAGAGAAGACGUGAAAGAUCCAAAACACCACCAAGCAACCUUUCUCCAAUCGAGGAUGCUUCUCCCACAGAAGAGUUACGCCAAGCUGCAGAAAUGGAAGAACUCCAUCGAUCAUCUUGUUCUGAGUAUUCACCCACGAUUGAUUCUGAAGCUGAGGGCUUUGAAAUAACAGCCUGCAGAUUAUACAAGUCUGGGAGUGAAUACAACCUCCCAUCAUUUAUGUCCUUGUAUUCUCCAACUGAAAAAUCAACUACCAGUAGUUCUUCAGUAAAUCAAAAACCAUUGAAAAGUGCCGAAGAAGCAUAUGAAGAAAUGAUGAGGAAAGCUGAAAUGCUAAAGAGCCAGCAGCCGGUGCAGACAAUAGCUUAUGGCAGUUCUUACCAGCAAGAUGAUUACAUGCAGAAUAAUUACAAGUACCAAUCUUCAGAUGUCUACACUUACUCGAACAAUGAAAUAACACUAUCUCAGACAAGCUUACAAGGUGAGCUUCAGAAAGCAGAGGCAUAUGAGGUCACUGUGAAAACUGCUGCACAAACUCCAAAAUUGUCCCGUUCGCCAUCGCUGGAGCUCCGCCUGCAGCAACAAAAUGCUCAAUUACAAAACCUUGAGAGGUCUUUUCAGGAAAAGAAGCUUCUUGAUGCACAAAGUGCUUAUACGGAAUUAGCAAAGCAAACAGACGCACUUCUUACACCUGGAACGAGCCCUACCCAGUCAUCUGCACCAAUGUCUUUUAUUUCAUCCCAAGCUAAUAGAGGUAUCCCUGAUGUUCGGGUAACUCAGUAUUUCAUGAGAGACGUGCAAGACCAAAGCCAGACUGCAAUAUCAGUUGGAACAAAGGUUGACAGCUCACAGAUUGUAACAGCCUCUUACACAACAUACAACAAAAAAUCGGCUGUGACUGUGGCCACUGCAAUAGUAAGUCAGUCCUCGAUGUCUGCACGAUCUUCUCCCAUCGAUCGAAGUAUGGGAUACAUCCAAGUCAGGCCAUCAGAUCCAGGAAUUUCAACACCAUAUUGCUCUCAAAAUAAUAUCUCAGGGGGUAAGAAAUUCAGUGAUUCCUAUGGGGCACCAAAUCUUGAUGGAGCAUCCACACAGACCCCUGGGAGCUUUUUCAAAUCAUCGAGCCCUGAGGAGCCCCUUUCCCCAUCAUCACAGAGAGCAGUAACCAGAACUGACAUGCCAACAAUUUCCCUGUCCAGUGAUAAAUCCACCACAGAAUUCUCAACACAGACUUCCAAUGCCAGAGUUGUCUUGCCUUCUAAUAUGCCCAUGGCCUCAUCACCUUCCACAAUGAUGGCUCAGGGUACUCAGACCUCAGUGAGGUCACCCCGACUCACUCGGCAAAUAUCGUCUCCCGAGUCCACGUGCAUGGUUGUUACUCUGGCAGCAAAUGUUUCAUCCUCCGCCCAGCCAUUAGCUGUCAAUUCAUCUGUGUCACCAAAUGUCUCACCAACUCGAUUAAAUCGACAACAAACGUUGCAUGGUUGGACUCAGUCAGUGGCUGCUUCAACGCAACAUGUUCAACAGCCCAUGUAUGCCAAGUCUUCAUCACAGACUGAUAGAAUACCCACUCAGAGAGGACAGAUAUCUUCAACUGUUGUCACAACUUCGACUGUGCUUGGUCAAGGUGUGGUUCCUCUGGAAAAUACUUUCAACAAAGCAUCAUGGAUGUACCAGAAUGCAAAUGCAAAUAUAAACUCAGUGGAAGUUUCAAGGACAUGUAGCUCAAUAGUAGAUCUCCGAACAGCUGCUAAAUCACCUCCUGUCAUCAUAACAGAUCAUGGAAUGGAUUUGACAUCUUUAGCUACGGAAAGUAGGAAAUAUUCACUUGAAUCAGACCAGCUUCCAUGUCGUCAGUCCACUGCUGUGCAGCCAUUAAUCAUGAAUCUUAAUAUGCAGGAACAUCCAAAUGUAAAUACGACAGUGGGCGUAACGAUAACAUCAUCAAUGCUUAUUUCCCAAUCCAAAGUACCAAAAAUAUAUGGAGAUCCUUUCCAGAAUCUCAUGGAUCUCGGUCAUGGCACAGCCACAGCAAUCUGUCUUUCUCAAGCAAAACAGCUUGAAUCAAUGGUCCAGCCCAUUACUGUAACAGAAAGUGGAACCAAUACAGAUAUGGCAAUAGUCACAACAAAAUCAGGCUUUACGAGUCAAAUCCAGCCACAUUUUGCUAGAUUUAACUUAGCUAACCAAAUGACUCCAGUGCGUAAACUGGACAUGUUUGUGAAUCAGAGCAACAUUAAUAACGCCAUUAGUGUUAGUGCCGUGCCUAGACCAGGACCUCAUGAUAGUGGCUUUGUCACUUCACAGGUACACCAAGAAGCAUCACUGGAAUUAAAGCCAUCUGCUCCUCCAGCAAACGAGCUUGGAGCGAAAGCACACACGAUGGUGCAGCUGGAUAGCACAGCAGCUGGCACAGUUACAAAGCUGAUCAAACAAGAUCCUCCUCCAAAUGCUCUGGAUUUGACUGGAUCCAAACCAGAAAGGGCUGUUUGUUGUGACGUUGUGUAUAAAUUUCCUUUUGCUGGUAGCUGCACAGGGUCAUUUAACUCAGGCACCCAGGUCUCAGAACAAGCAAUGGCUGAACCACGGCUCAGCGACAGGAAUAUUGCUCAGAAGUACUAUGACAACAGAGCUCAGGAGCCUGUUGACAGUUACCAGUAUAAAGAACCCAUGGCUAGUUACCAGGAAGGUUCUAAUUUGUACAAAGAGCACAAAACGUUCCCUCAGGUAUUUUCUGGGCGACUACAUUCGUCUAUGUCAGACUCUAAUUUGUUAGAAGCUAGUAUUAAUUACAAUCUAAUGAAGGACGAACCUUUUUACCACCCGCCUGGAGGAGAUGCAGCUGUAGAUCUGAGUACAAUGAGACAGUCCUACAGUUUAUCUUUCGGUCAGGGGAGGGAUUGGGAGCUUGGAAUGCAGUAUGGUUCCUUCACUGAUCUGAGACAGCAGUCAGAUAUCCUCAGCCAACCCACACCAAUUCGAAGAUAUAGUUCAAUGUCUAAUAUUCAUUCUGGAUAUGGCUACUCAAUGCGAGAGGAUCUGCCUAAUUUUCAAGAGGCUAGUUUGGCCCAAUACAGCGCGACCACUGCUCGUGAAAUUAGCAGGAUGUGCGCAGCUCUAAAUUCCAUGGAUCACUAUGGAACACGAUAUACAAACAGCUCUGACUCCCUCCAGUAUGGACCGGCUGGGCGAAAUGCUCACUGCAGUGAACUCGCUAGAAACAGUGCAAUGUCACACCAUCAAGGAAUGCUGCCACUAAAACAAGACAUGAUGUAUCAUCCAAACCUGUCUGACUCUCGACGUCGGAUUGCGGUGCACGGCUUUGGCAACAUGCCGCAAGCAGUACGUUUGAGAGCCAUUAGGCACAUGUAUCCUUCAGUGGCUCCCGUGAGAGCACCUGAUGGCAUGAUUUACUCUACAAUCAACACUCCGAUUGCUUCCACUCUCCCUAUUACGACACAGCCAGCCUCGAUCUUGUGUCCAAUGUUAAGGGGCGUUUACAGGCCCUACUUGCCUAGUAAUAUCUCAGCCGUGCCACUGGCCAGGUUGAGUAGACUCCCUCUUGUUGCACCAAGGAUGCCUGCUGCAGCUCCUGGGCUGUACCGUUAUCUGCCUCCAAACAGGUUUCCAGCUGCUCCCACAACUUCUGCUGGGGAAGCACCUAUAUAUCUUGGGAAGCCUGGAGCAACACCCAGUAGUAAUGUCCGAACUGGAGGUGUAAAUAUAAGUCAGCUAGUGCCGAGCCAGACUACGCAGAGGCCGGAACAAAGUGGUAUUCCUCAGCACAGUGCUUCAGCUCCUGUGACUCAGAAGUUUGUCUGUGAUGCUAAUCAGUCUAAGCAGCAGGCUGACAUUGGGCAUAACCAGCAGCAACUCCAGCAGCAAAUGCAACCACAGCAAUCACAAGUGCAAUUUCAACAGCAGCAGCAAUUACAGCAGCUGCAACAGCAGCAAUUACAGCCGCAGCAAGUGCAAGUCCAACAGCAGCAGCAAUUACAGCCGCAGCAAGUGCAAGUCCAACAGCAGCAGCAAUUACAGCCGCAGCAAGUACAACCACAAAUGCAACAGCAGAUACAACAGCAGCAAAUGCAGCCACAGCAAGUGCAACAGCAACAAGGUCAACAACAGCUACAAGUUCAACAGCCGCACCAAGACCAGCAACUGCAGCAACAGCUGCAAGCAGAACAGCAACUUGAACAACAGAAAGAACAGCAGCUACAAAAGCAACUGCAGCAGCUAUUGCACCAGCAACUGCAGCAACAAAAGCAACAGGAAGCCCAGCAAAGUGACACUGCAAGGUCUGGUGCUGGUCGAAGGAAGCACGAAGAUAAAGAGGAAGAGCAUCAGCGAAAGCAGCAGCAAGACCACAUGCUCCUUAUUGAGCGGGAACGUGUGGAGUUGGAAAAGCUGAGGCAUCAGCGUCUGCAGGAGGAAUUAGAACGCCAGCGCCUGGAGUUGCAGCGCCAUCGAGAGAGUGAACAAAUCAUAGUGCAACGCGAGCUUCAGGAGCUGCAGACCAUUAAGCAGCAAGUCUUACAUCAACAGCAGGAGGAAAGGCAGGCCCAGCUUGUGUUACAGCGAGAGCAGUUGGCACAACAAAGGCUGCAACUAGAGCAGAUUCAACAGCUCCAACAGCAACUGCACCAGCAACUGGAAGAGCAGAAAGUACGAAAUACAGUAAGUUUCCCUGCAGUUUGUGACCCUUCAGGCAGGAUCAAUCCACACAGUAUGUCGGAGAUGGCUAUUGAAAUGCAAAGGACUAUAGCUCAGAAUGGGCAGUACUGGCCUGUGAACCAGCCGUACAUAGAAGGCGGCCCUGUUGCCACUACUACUCAAGAAGCAUACGUAUCUCCACAUCACAGAGCAUUUAUAGAAGCACCACAACGAUCCACUUCUGAACUGUCUCUUCGAACUGACGAGCACUGGGAAAGUCGAGCCAUCAAGAAGCGCAACUCGGUGCCUAGGCUAAGAGAUGCUUAUGAGGGAGAUGACACAUCCUUACGUGAUCAGUAUGUAGUUAAGAAAAUAGCAGACUGUAGUGUACAGACUGAUGACGAGGAAGGUGAAGAAGGCUACUACAUAUCCCGUCGGAGAAGAACAAAGCGGAGUGUGGAUUGCAGUGUACAGACAGAUGAUGAAGACAAUGGAGAAUUGGAGCAGCCUACUCGUAGACGCCGUUCCAGGUUCUCAAAACAUUCAGAUUCAAGCACAGAGCACAAGCGAGAAGCUUCAAAGGGGACCUCGAGUAUUGCCAUACAAACAGUCAAUGAUUGCUCUGUCCAGACAGAUCAAAAUGAGCUAGGACCAGUUUCUCCUGCCAUUCACAUCAUACCUGACCCACGAGUGGAAAUUGUAAGAUACAUAUCUGCCCCUGAGAAAACCUACAAAGGAGAGAGUCUUGCUUGCCAGACGGAGCCAGAAGCACAGUCACAAGGCAUUGUUGUCCCUCAGUUUGCAAUUCCAACCACCAUUAAUCCCUACUCUACUAACAUACAGAUUGUAACAUCUGGCCCACUAGACCAAACCAAUAGCAGGCAGCAGGGAAUUAUGAUUGUCCCAAAGGCUGAGAAGAAGAAACCAGAUCCAUUGGAAAUAGGAUAUCAGUGUCACCUCCCGCCUGAGCCUUUGCCUCAAAUGACUCGCCAGCCUCCAAAGUCUCCACAGGUUCUAUACUCACCUGUCUCACCACUGUCCCCACAUCGGCUUUUAGACACAUCCUUCACUUCAAGUGAGAAGUUAAACAAAGCCCACGUUACUCCUCAAAAACAUUUCACCACUGAAUCACCUAAACGACAGCCAAGUCUGCCUCGGCCAAUCAAAGUCAUGCAGCGCUCCAUGUCUGACCCGAAGCCUGUCAGCCCGACCUCUGAUGAAUCUGGGAAACCUCGAUUUUUUGCUCAACAUCAACAGCAGACCCUGCAUGGCAGUCAGAUUGGUAAUUUGCAGCAGAGCACUAUGAAGAAAGUGAAAAGGACCCUGCCCAGUCCUCCACCUGAAGAAAUCAUACAUGGCAGUGCACAACUUCAUCCACAGCUGUUUGGAACCUCCCUGUCCCGGAAACGGGGAACUCUACCCGACCAAGUCACUCGUGAUAGACUCCUUAAGGAUAUCAGCCAUGAGCUGGAGAAAGUGGAGCAAGAAUCAAACAAACUCCAGAAGAAACAGGCAGAGCUCGAUGAAGAAGAAAAGGAAAUUGAUGCUAAGCUCCGCUACAUAGAACUGGGAAUUAAUCGUAGAAAAGAAACCUUUGUCAAAGAACCGACGAAGCGAGACGUGGGAUAUGUACGAGGCUUGGGAGAAGACAGAGAUUAUAUGUCAGACAGUGAAGUCAAUAAUAUCCGAAUACCUUCGUAUAAUAGCAACAAUGUCUUAGCCAGGCCACAAACUGCCCCAGUUAAUCAGUAUUCUGAAUUCUCAAUGGCACAGCACCCAACCACAUCAUCACAGUACCCUCCGUCACAGACCACUCCUCAGGGUUUGACAAAUUACCAAACUGCAGGCUAUCAGCCAUCCCAUUACCCAGUUCCUAACAGUUACCAAUCGCAAAGCAAUCUUCAGUCUCACUCCACUUUACAUUCUCAAAACACUUGUCAGCCACAUGCAUAUCCCCAGAACACAAACUACCAGACUGACAGCAGUUUACAAAAUGUACCUGGACUUCAACCAUCUCACCAAUACCAAGCUCCUAGCACUUAUGCAAAUCAGGCUUCGUUUCAGUCUGGCCAUAAUGCUCAGUAUCAGCAACAGGAAAACAUCUUGUCACAACAUCAGAAACCUCGGCAGACAUCAUUAGCAGAUCUCGAACAGAAAAUACCCACCAAUUAUGAAGUAAUUGGUAAUCCAAAUGCAAUUAUUUCUGCUACACCAACAGAGAAAGUUUACACAUCCACAACGAUGAGUAACAGUUAUGACCAGUAUAAGAAUGCAGAGGUGAGAGUUGCUGAUAGUGGAAAUGCAAUAGAAAGUCCUUCAACUAACUAUUCAGCGGACUCUCUGUAUACAAACCUAGAGCACAAUGUUUCUCGUAAUUAUGUUAUGAUUGAUGAUAUCAGUGAAUUGACCAAAGAGAAUACCUCAGCAUCAGAAAGCCAGAAAGUAGAUCAGCCCACUCAGCAUAGUAGUUCAAGGCAUGCUAAAGAAAAGAAUAACUUUCCAGAGCCAACUAAUUCCAUUAGAACACAUGCUUACAAUAAAGCAGAUGAUGAAUCAGAGGAAGACAUGUAUGACGUCCAGAUAUCAGACCAUAGAGGGAAGAAUGGAUACCAAAGGAAUUCUGAUAGCCAUAACAGAGUAUCAAAUUCUUCAAGUGGAUAUUACUAUGCAGAUAACAAUCACAGACAUUCCUCCCGCGCAGACAAGCACAACUCUUCUUAUGGGUCUCAAAAGCAUUCAUCAAAACAAAUGGCUCCUGCUGUAGUAUCUGCCAAGCGCAGCAAACACAGAAAGCAAAACAUAGAACAGAAAAUUUCAAAGUUUUCUCCGAUAGAAGAAGCCAAAGACGUGGAAUCUGAUUUUGCUUCAUAUACUGUCACGACUUCAGCUGCAGGAAGUAAUGUAAUUCUUAGGGCGCAGAAGCUUCAGGAUGAAAUAACGUAUGGUCUGAAGAAAAAUAUUUAUGACCAGCAGAGAUAUUCUGGACACAUUAGUAGAGAAGCAAUGGAAGAUUCAGAGAGAGGAUACAUCAAUGGCAACAGAUCAAGGUCAUCUUCAAUGUAUGGAAUGGAAAAAGCAGGCAAAGAGGCAGCAAGUCCAAGGAGUAAAUCUUACGAGAGAGACACAGUGGAGAGGUCUCAAAAGAUGGGAAUGGGCCAUAGUCGAGGCCGGGCUCCAAUAAAAUCCCAGGCAUCUGAAGAGGAAAGUCCUCUGAGUCCAAUGGGAAACCAGAUGCAUGGGGCACGGACCUCGCGAGAAUCACUCCCACCAAAUGUUGUAGAUAGUAGAUCCCAAUUUGGCUCCAGCCAUUCCCUGCCUGAUGUUCAGGAUGUGAAAGAGACAUCACGUAGCCAUACCUACAGAGAAGACGAUGGUUAUGUCAUGGAUGAUGUGCACUGUGCUGUUUCUGACAGUGAAGCCUAUCACUUGGGCCAAGAGGAGACAGACUGGUUCGAAAAGCCAAGGGAGCGUUCCAGGCAUUACGGUGGACAGUCUUCAUCGCAGAGACGCAGUCACCGAAACCACUCGCGCCACAACUAUGAGGAGCCACCAGCAGAUGAUACCUGGCAACAAUCAGAGCGCUCACAGUCGCGAUACUCCUCAAAGGAUCAUCAGAAGCAGUCUGCUUACCAAUACGGAGAGCCAGCCCGACACUCUUCGCGCCACACGGGUGACGAGCCUUCCCGCAAGUCGUCAAGGCAGCAUCCGAAAGAGCAGCAUCGCCAAGAGUCCCGGCAAUAUUCUCAGCAGCCUUCGCAGAGGAGAGGCCAGCCGGCAGAGCAGAGAUCUCAGCGGGAUCCUCACUUGGGUUCUGCCGAGUGGACCCAGCCUCGAUCAACCGGGCAUCACUCGGAAUCUGAGCCGUCGCGACCACAGAAGCACUCGCAGCAGCAGCACGCAGCUAGAAAGCAGUCGGAAUCUCCUCAGCAACAAGGCCGGUCUCAGCACAGCCAGCCUCCAUCGUCGAGGAGUCAUUCGCAGCAGCAGGUGCGGCAGUCACCAUCACAGCAGGUACGGUCUGCAACAUCGCAGCAAAGAGCGCCACCAGCGCAGCAGCAGCAGCAGCAGCAGCAACCACGCCAAGCUCAACUGCAGCAACAGGCAAAGCACGUGCAGCAACCUCAAGCUCAGCAGUCACAACAGCAACAUCCAGGGCCAACCCAACAGCAGCAACAGGCACAGCAACAACAACAGCAGCCACAACAGCAGCAGCAGCAGCAGCAACUUCAGCAACAACAACAGCAACCACGGCAGCAGAGUCUUCAGCAACCAGCAGGUCAACACCAGCCUCAGACCCAGCCACAGGCACAACAACCACAGACAAGGCCUGCCACCACCAUGACCAAGCCAGGCCAAGCAACCACUGGAAAACCUGCAGUGAAGCAAGCUACCGCACCACAGCAAGCUGCUCAUUUAGCAGGUUCCAAACCAAGCGAAGAAAAGGAGGGUGAUAUCGGAGCUUUUGUUUCCAAAAUGUUACCUGGAGGAGCAGCUGAGCAGGCUGGAAAACUGACUGAAGGCAUUGCUUCUUUUGGCCGUAAGUUAACUUCGUUUUGGUGAUCGUGCUGCUGUAAGGAAACCUGAUGUGGGAGUGGAGAAAGGUGCAACUACAGAAAAAACCUAUGAAGAAUCAGAAUACAUUCAACAAAAAACAUAACAACACGGGACUCUGUGUAACUCGAAAAGAGGAAGAGGCAAAAUUGAACCUGAAUGGCAACAGGAUACUAAAUAUAUACAUCGAAUGGAGAGACCGUUUUUAUUCAACUCUGGCAGAAGGACUGUAGAACAUCUUUGGUAUUGAAGGCCAGACAGCAACAGAAAGCCAUGAGUCUGUGUGAGGGCAGAGAAUGAAUAACCUCACUGUCCUUACCCAGCACUGCAGGAAAUCAUAAUCCCAGCAUCUGACAGCUCUGCCAAGAUGCUGCUUUCAAUCACCUACCUGCUUAAAAUAUCGCUCGCAGUGAUGUGUGGCAUGAAAGGAUUUUCUGGUCGUCCCAUAGAGGAAAUAGUAAGGUGAAGCUCGUCAGUGUCUGUCUAUGCAAUGUGAAGAGGAAAACGCAUCCAAAGGGGAACGCUGUACUUUGUUAAGAGUUUACACAAAAGCUGACAGUGCUGUCAGCAUUGUCGCAGGUUGCCUGAAGAAUUGAGGGUGUUGCACAGCGUUUCAGGAUAUCUGAUGUCUUGGUUCUCAGGAUACUAUGACACAUGGGCGCACAAUUAAAUUUUGGAAGCCAAAUUUUGACAAAGUUUGAAUCUUCUGCUAGUUUUGGUGGAAUUUUAGAAGUGAAGCCUUUUUUAGGCCAUUGAGAACCUCCAUCUAUUGGCUAUCACAUGACAAUAUCCAGUGAUGGUUUGGGGAUGCCUUCUGCUUCAUGAUGAAUAUUUGGAAUCUUUUUACCUCCGAAUGAUGUUUGCAGAAUUUGGAAUAUCUUAUGCCUGGGUUUGUUCAAUGUCCUCUUACCUUGGACCCUGAAGGGAAAGACUGGAGUAUGCACAGAGUCCAGUUUCUCUCACUAAAGCUUUUGAUCUUCAUAGGUUUUUUCUGUAUUCAUAGACCAGAAUUCCCUGAGGUGAACUUAUUACCUUUUUUAGGGCUGGGAGCAAAGGCUCCAUUUUCCCCAAACAUUCCACUGUCUUUUGUUCAGUUUCCGGCUGAUUUUUUGCGAUGGGCAGGUGCAACUCUUGUGUGCAGAGUAUUGUGGGCCUCGAGGCAUUCUAGAGUAUGAUGGCAGUACUCAGCCCCUUACCCAGGACCUAGCAUUCUUCAAUGAUUGUGAACCACAAGCACUGGUCAUAACGACCAGAAGUGUUAAAAGUGACCAUAUAACUGGUGACACCUGGACUGACAUCGUGGCCAGUCAUGCCAUGCAGCUAUCAGAAGCUAUUCCAUUCUUUUAUUUUCAGAGAGUGUACUCUACAUAAGUGUUUUCUCGUUAAUAUGUUUGCCUGGUAUUUUUCUAUAUGCUAUUUUGCAACCGCCUUAAUCAUUCCAAUUUUCUAUUGUAUACCUCAAACAGAUUUUUGUUUUCUUUUGUAUAUGACCUGCAUUUUUCCUUGCCGCUAUGCAGUACUGGAGUUGUAUGGGGUAGAAAGGGAGGGAUGGUACUUUUGGAAACAAUAGGUCAGUGGGAGGCUGACAAGAGCACAACUGUGGAAGAGAAAGCUUGCCUCUGCCCUGGUCCUAUGGUAAUGUGCAAUUCAUUUGGGCUUCCACUCAUCAGAAUAGGAUGAAGGAAAACAAUUACCAAUUCAGAUUUUCUAUGCAAUGAUGAGAAAACUGUGUUAAUAUUUAAUACUGAAUUCCAUGUUAUAUAUAAAUGGCGUAAAUUAAGAUUAUGCUAUUGAUAUUGAGAAGCAAUGUUUGUAAGUGUAACUCAUUACCUGUCGUGACCUGUCAAGUGGGGUGUUGUUGAACCUUUGACGGGAUCCGUUGCCAAAGGCAUCGCCACGUUAAAGCAGUGGAUUAGUACUGUGCGUGUCUUCGUCUCCAGGUUAGAGCAUGACUUGCUGAUUCAGUGCUUGCCUUCCAUUUUGUUUGGUAUUGUAGUUGUUAAUGUUCCCAUAUUAAACGUAUGCACUUGCUCUUGGCAAGCCACGACCCAGGAAGUUCCAGCUGUACUCGGGGAACCCAAUUCAUUAUCUAUUAGAUUUCCCAGUCUUGGAGCAGGACAUUUCUGUUUAAACUGGAUACAUCAUAUUCUAAACAUCUGACUCUCUACUCUUCCAGCUGUAUUGCUAAUGGAAUGACAAUCCAGACUAAUAAUUCCCAGAUACGGAAGCGCUUAAGUGUUUCCCAUUGUAAAUACUAAAGGCAAAUUAAAUGCACAUACAUCAAUCAGAGAAAGCUGAGGUGAGGUUUGAGUUGACCUGAGGAAUGUAGGUUAAGAACAUUGAUUUAUAGUUUAGAUGGUCAGACUUGGACGUUGAACUCAAAGCCUUGAAGGUCAAACAUCCAGAAGUUGGUGAUUUAUUUUAAGAUUAAUGUGUAGGAUGUUUGAUUUCAGUAAGUUUUUUCUAAUUUUUGUGAUCCUUUUCACUUCCCUCUUUGGACUACCACCCGUCUAUCAUGAAUCCCCAUCUGGAAACAAGUGGAAUUAUACAAACUCCAACACCGACAUCACCAAAUCAUCCAUCAUCCAUGCAACUUCAAAUUAGAGAUCAAUCUUCAGUCAAUCUCUAAGUUCCAGAUGCCUCUGCCGUCAGCUACUUUCUGAUGAAUGAACAUCAUCACACUUGACAUAUGCCUUAGAACAUCAACCUGAUGUUCUACCCCUUUACUGGCAGAAACCUAGAAAGGAAUUUGAAUAAAGUGGGGCUGUUUAUUGGAGUUGACCUACAGACUCCUUCCCAAGAUUUAAAAUUCAAUCAGUAGAGUCCUAAAUACCCCUGUUACUACAUAGAGCCUUAGGCAUGUCACUUUUUCUAGGUGGCUGGAUGGUUUCACUGACUACUGCUCCCUCCCCAUUUUGUGCCGUUUCACCCGUAAUCAGCAAGCUAUCUGCACCUUCCAUAUGUUGUGAUGUCAACCUGUAUGUAUGUUUGUAUGUGCAAGUGUAUGUAAAUGCAUGAAUAAUCAACUCUGGAAAAAUAAUUGGUGUGAACCUACAUUGCUAUUUGCGACUAAUCAUGUAUUCAGUGAGCACCCUAAGACAAAAUCCCUUCAGGGUGGCACUAACAUUUUGGGAGAUGCAGUAAUAUUUCUGUAUAAAAUUAUCAUCAUAGGAGGAUGCAUUUACAAUCCAAUUGGCAGUAUAUAUAUUUAUAUAGAGAUAUAUCAAAUUGAGGAAUAUAAUAUGGUUCUAUAAAAUACUCAAAUUUUACUUCAGAGUAUCUAGCAUUAAAAAUGUACAUAAAAUUAUUUACAAUUCUGUAAGAGAGAUGGUGUAUAUUUUGAAAGCUAUUAAAAAAGAGAUUUACUAUCUAAGAAGUUUGAUGCAUUUAGGUUUUAGGUGUUUUUAAGGGUUGUGCAAUCAAAGAUUUACUUCCUCUCGUGUGUGGUAUUUGUGAAUGAAGAACACAGAUACAUAACCAAACAUUACUGUCCACUAUUAUCCUGCAUCCCACCACGAAGAUCCACAAUUAUCUCUCAAACAAAAUAAGUCAGUAAAUUGAAUUCAGCCGCCUUCUUAAAAAUACUAGAAAGACUGAGCUUCUUCAUUAGAGCUUUGCAGCCAUUGCAUUUGCAAGAAAAAUUCAAAUCUUAUUUAACAAGCUAUUACACAUUUGAGACUGUCAGCAUGGAUAAUGAAAAGUGAAUAAGAGAAUUCUAUGCAGUCAAAUUAGAACAUAGAACUAUUUCUAAAAUGAAGAUCUCAAUUAGUUCUAAUCUCUUAACAGGGGCAACUUAACAGGGAACACUGUCUGUUCAGAAUAUUUGAAUAUAAGAACAUGGAAUAUUUGACAAAUAUCCAUGAGAGAUUGAAUUGAUAGAUUAUCAGUGCAGGCUGAGCUGAAUCUAUGCUCAUUGAUUUAAAGAGCAAAUCAUAAAUAUGCCAUUUCUCAGACUUAAAUGUUGUGGAUAGUUGACAAAGGUGUAUCUGGUGUGCUAAUGCUGAACUGCUGGAUUACUGCUACUGGAGAACAUCAGUGAACUUUAUGAAUAGCAAAAUAGCCAUCAAGUAGUUCAAGAUGAUGUGACAGCAUUGCAAUUUUGUCUACCAAUCCCAUAGAAUGGAAUUAAGAUGUAAUUGUUUAUGAAAAGCUAUAUAAAUCAACAUGAUGUUUCAAGCACACGCAACAGGUUUCAAAGUGUAAACUGAGAUAGGUUAAAAAUGUUUUUAUUUAAUGGGGAUUAUUUGAAACAGAUUCUUUAUAAAGAUUAGGGACAUCUUUGCCUAUUUUCCAUGUUUUUAAAUAUUAAUCUGGGGUUUAUUGGUGAGUAAACGCAAUGUACAGUUUAAAUAUUAAAGGUAUUCCUUGUUUUGAGAUGAGACUGUAGAUUGAGUGCAGUGUGAAUGAAAUGCCUUUAGAAAUUGUUGUCUAAAUGUCCCUUUAACAGGUAAAAUGUAAUACAGCACAGGCCACACAACACCACUAACAAUACCAAAUCACAGAUUGCCACAGAGGCCACACAGACAUUCAACGUUAUCAAGACCUUGGCAGUCAUCUCCAGUCUCUAAGUGUUACUAUCUCACCUCAGCGCUCAUCUGUUAUCUUCAUUUGCUAAUGAACCACAUUCUUGAAGAGAGAUAUUACACUGCAACCUUAAAGAAGGUGAAUUUAGAGGAGAUGGGUAUUGAAUGGUAUUGGGAACUUACUGAGGUCAAUAUUGUGCACUGGCACAAUAGUUAUAUGUAACUAUUGGAGUCUGAACACGUUAAGCGAAUAGCUGGAGCCUUGAACUAUUAGGUUAUGAUAGAGUUACUAAAUCUCAGUCAGGGUGAUAAUGAGGAUGCUACAGCAGGUUUCAUUGUCUUUGGCUUAGUAGAGAAUAAAUGCCCAAGGUUCUAUUUGAGAGCAGGUAAGUCUCUCUCAUGGCUCCAGUGCCUGUAUUUCUUGACCAUUAGGACUAUAUGUCCAGAAAAAUGGAAAAGGUAGACAUGCUAUCUUUAUCCUCCUCACUUUGUUUGCCUAUGUCAGCCCCUUUCUCCCUAUAUGAUGAGCCUUUAGUCAGUGCAGCCUCCACUUUAUUCAAGUUUGAACAUUUUAAUGCAGUUGAUUUGGCUGCUAAAGACGAUAUUUGUUUCUCUUUGUAAAUAUUUGUACAGUGUGUAAAUCUCAUCAGAUUAUCUAAACAGCCACUGGGUGUGGGUAUCACAUACCAGCAAUCCUGCCAACUUGUGCUUGUUUAAAAAAUAAUUUUAAAAAGCAAAAAAAAUCUUGUGUUUGUGGCUGGCUGAUAUAGGCCAUUGAGAAACUGUAUUCAGUUGUUAUCUGUGUAGAGUUUUUACAUGUUGUGUAUGAAAAUAAGGUGACUUCCUAAACUGAACCUGACUUCCAUGGACUUGGAAGGAGGAUUGUAAAACUCACUGUUAUAAGUGCAAUGAAUAAUUCAUGUAUGAACAUUGUAAAUGUAUGCUGCACUGUAUACUGUGAUGGCUGUAGUAUUGAAUAUAACACGAUAUUGUAUAAUGUGAUUGUGUAAAAGGUGUCCAAACAAACCAUUUCCAUUGGAAACCAAUAAAGAUCUUGAAGUAA